AGCAGUGCCCAAUUCCACCCAGUGCCUCCCUCCCCAGUCUGGCUGGUUCUGUCAGUCCGCCCCCUUCCAGUCUGUGUCAGCCUUUCCCUCCCCCUUGCUUGUUCCCUCCCCUCGUCUCUCCCCUCCCCCCGCUCGCACAGCCCUUCCUGUCUCCCCCUCCCGCACUACUUUCUGCUGGUGACAACUCUCCUGCCCCAUUCACACACCCACAUGAUCCCCCCCGGCCCCCCAAUGUGCAAUCAGCUGCUGUGAGCUGCCGGGAGUCCCUCGUACGGGCAGGAGGUUUUUGCCAGACUACUCCCAAACCCCUCGUCUGCCAGAUAAGAAGCAUGGAUCCGGACGAUGGCCAUUUUGGGGGUUUGUACUCCAAGGGGUCCAUGUCGAUCAUUGGAGCAGAGGAUGAGGAUUUUGAGAAUGACAUUGAACCGAAUAUGGUUGAUGAGAGCAGUUACUUCCGAAGCAUUGAGCUAGUGAAAGAACACCCGGCCUACAUUAUGGUGUUCUUGCAGCACGUGGUUCUUCAGUUUGACCCCAGCCCACUGCUCUGUUUCCUGCAUGCGGAGAUGCUAAAGAACCUUUCAGCCAAAGAGCUUAAGAAAGUCUUCAUGGAUUUUCACUACACAUUUCUGAUGAAAGGAGCGGUACUGCAUGUCAGUGUGCCAAACAGCGUAUCCUUUGAACUGGAUCGGACAAGGCCUGAGAUGAUCCCAGAAGAAACCCAGAGAAAAUAUGUCAAAGACAUUCAGAAGCACCAAACUGAGGCCAUUUCCCAACAGCUGGAGGACUUUAGGGCCAAGCGAGUACUUGGUAUGACCCCUGGGGAACUGGAGCUGAGCGAGCUUGAAUCCUAUCGAACCAACGACCGCAGUAUCCUGGAAGCCAAAGAGAAGCAGUUGGCAGAGCAGCUCCUGGCACGGCUGGAUGAGAUGCACCUAACUAUUGCUCCAGACGAGGAAAAAAGCUCUGCCAUCUUUUGUGCCAUUGUAGCCUACAUGAAGCACCUGGGGGUGAAGACCAAGGCGGCGGAUAGCAAAAAAUCUAAAGGAAUCUUCUUCAGGAAAAAGGUUUCUACAAAUAAAAAGGAUGAGCCUCUGAAAACAAAGAAAACAUUCAGCAUCUUGGAUCCUAUGCGCUGGAACCGAAAUGAUUCUCACUAUGUUGACAGCAGACCAUCCAAAGUUGAGCCCGAAGCUGAGAAGCCAAACCCGGACAGAAGGGUCAGCCAGGGGCAGAGAACUUUUGAUAGGAGUGACAGCAGCACAGCGAAAUCCAAGAACAGCGAAGGGCCUGAUUCUGUGGUGUCUGUAAAUAUCAUCCCCCCUCCUAAUGAGCCCAAUGAUCCUGACCCAGCAGUGACUGAUGGGGCAUUGUCUAAUGAUGCAUCUGAGGUCCUCAAAGGAUCCCCCACCACUGAGCAUUGCCCAGCAGACCAGACUGAGGAAAGUGCAGAAAAUGAAAGACGAAAGAAAAGGCUCUCUGGUAAGCUGGGCCGCUCGGAGAGCCUACGAGUUUACGAGCGCAAGCGUUCCCAGCGCGGCUCCUCCAAAGCCAAGCAGACACGUUCCCGUAGCGACGUUGACCUGGAGGCAGCUGCCCGAGCCAACGACUUGCAGGGCACCACUGGCAAGCUUGGGCCAAAGCCUGGCAACUACACCCCAGAGCCUGGAGGGAGUUCAGAGGGCCCGCUGCCCUUUCUGCUUCCCCAGUCUGAGGAGACUGAGCCGCGCGUUCAGGAGGCCGAGAGCGACCCCCCAAACUGGAGGGAGCUCGUCCCCCCUGAAAUACUCCUCAGGCUGAAGAAAAGCGAAAUCAAGCGGCAAGAGGUCAUCAAUGAGCUCUUCUUUACAGAGCACGCUCAUGUACGGAUGCUUCGUGUGUUGCAUGAUGUCUUCUACAUCCCCAUGCAGAAUGGAUGGAUCCCCACCUUGGAGCUGGAGAACAUCUUUCCUAGCCUGGAUGACCUUAUCGAGGCUCAUGCUGUAUUCCUGGACACCUUGAAGCGUCUGCGCCUUGAGAAUAACUCAGUGAUCCAGGAAAUAGGCACCAUCUUGCUGAACCGGUUUGACGGCACAGAGGGCAACUGGUUUCAGAAGAUUUCAUCUCGGUUCUGCAGCCGGCAGCCAUUUGCCUUGGAACAGUUGAAAGCGAAACAGAAGAGAGACCCUCGAUUUACGCAGUUUAUUCAGGAAGCUGAGAGCAGCCCUCACUGCCGGCGGUUACAACUAAAGGACAUUAUACCAUUUGAGAUGCAAAGGCUGACCAAGUACCCGUUGCUGCUGCAGAACAUCGCAAAUCUAACUGAGGAAGACGAGGAGAAGCAGAGAGUGCAGAGGGCAGCAGAGUCUUGCAGGCAGAUCCUAAACCAUGUUAACCAGGAGGUGCGCGAGAUGGAGAAUAAGAUGAAACUUACAGAUUACCAAAGACGCCUGGAUGUUUCCAACCUGAGGCAAAUCAACGACCCCUUAUUUAAUGAAUUUAAGAACAUUGAUAUCAGCAAAAAGAAUUUGAUACAUGAAGGAUCUUUGACAUGGAAAGUGAGCAGGGACAAGGCUUUUGAUGUCCAUGUCCUCCUCCUGGAUGAUCUCUUGAUGCUGCUGCUGAAACAAGAUGAGCGGCUGGUACUGAAGUGCCAGAGUCGGACUAUUAUUCCUGCUCCAGACGGGAAGCUCAUGCUGAGCCCAAUCAUCAAGCUGAAUAUGGCCAUGGUCAGAGAGGUGGCUACAGAUAAGAAUGCCUUUUUUGUGAUUUUCAACUGGGAGGAUCGAGCACAGUUCUAUGAACUUGUGGCUCCAACACCCGCUGAGAAGAAAAACUGGUUUUUACUGAUCAGCAACACUACAGGCUUAUUGGAACCCCCAGCUUCUUCCAAACAGAGACACAGAUCUAUCACUCCUGGCACAAUGCCGCAGAGCCCCUCCGACUUUGCAGAUCAGCUGCUGAGCAGCUCAGAAAAUGGAGGCUCCCUGAAAGAUUCAGUAUCCAAAGAUGAAAAGGAAGAGUCGGUGGAGGAUGCAUUGGAGGGUCAGGAAGAGAAGGACUUCAGCGGCCUUACAGAAUACCUCCUUGCCAGCAACAUUGAUCUGAACCAAGAUGCAGCAUCUGGAGGAGGCAAUGUUGCCAGCGAGGCCUUGGAAGAAGUGUCGGUGCUAAAACGCCUGCUAGUGCGCAAUAUCCGCCUCAGUGUGGAUGCAGACACGCUCUCAACCCUGGAGACCUGGUCAGCGGGGGAAGAACCUGCACUGGAGGCUUCUGAACAGGGAAGGGCCUCCAAUGGGGAUCGAGAGGCAGAGGAUUCUGAAAUGGAAUCUACACAACAGGGAGAGAAUGGCAGAAAGCAGAGUUCUGCAGAUGUUUCAGAGUCCCUGUGCGCACCCAUUGUACUGUCCAAAGAACAGUCGGAGGAGGUGAAGAGGCACAUUCUGUCACUGGAGCAGAGGAUCCAGCAGCUUAAGCUGAUCGAGGAAGAUUACAACAACCUGCACAGAACAAUCGCCAAAUUCACUGUACCGAGGAGCAGCUUUACAUGAGACAGAUCGCAUCCAUGUUUUGGCUGGAAAGCUUCUCCCACCAUAACCGUGCAUCAGCCAUAGAGGCAGGAAGUAAUUGGAUUUUUCCUUCUGUCCCUUAUACCCCCAUGUUUGAGGCUGGACUAUACAGGACUGAAAAGACUGUCAUAUUUAUAUUGGGGGGGGGAGUUACUACCAGUCUCUGGACAGCAACUGCUACUCGUCAGGACCGCCUAUCCUACGUAUUGGACAACAAAGUGCCUUCAUUUUUAUUUUCAGGGAACCAUUGGAGGGAGUAGGGGCUGCUGAGUUCUAUAUAUAUAUUCUGUAUUCGGUUUUUAAAGUUUAUAUAUAUAUAUAUAUAUUUCAGAUAUAGAGGUUCUUAACCUAGCUGUACAGUAAAAUAAUCAUGUCUGCUUUGUAUGAAUUGAGAUUGCUCUUUCUUAGAACUGCGCAUGUAUAGGGGCCACGCGUUCCCCCUACAUUCAAUUAGUGCCUUAUAUCCCCGUGCCUUACUCCUGCCACUUAUCCCUGGCAUGGAGGAUGGAACCAACUGUAGCGAUGCCAACUGCUCUACACUCACUGCCGGGCAUACAUUCCGUUAUAGAAUGACACUGUGCUACAGCUUCCCCCCAUCUCUACAUGCAGGGAGUUAUAAUGAAGCAACAGCUGUGGGUUAUAGGGGGCUGUGUGGCUUAUAGCAUUCUGAGACAGGCAGUAAGUGCUGCACAGGCUGCAUAGUGUUUGGGGAUGGUAUCUCUGAAAUGAGUUUGUUUUGUUACAGGGGGAGGUGGGGAGCAAUGAAUGGGAUGUGUGUUCUCUGCUUAGUUAUUCAUACCCCAUAUGUAAGUCUCUAUUGAUGUGGGGGUGUCUGUAGUAAUGUUGGUACAGCUCAUCAGGCAUUCGGGUAUUUUUAUGCCUGGGAGUGCUUGGAUAAUAUUGCUAGCCAAGUUUUUAAGAGGAAAUCAGUAUUUUAGUAUUGUGUUUGGGGGGGGGGGGGUGUCCUCCUGUAUAACAGGAAUCUCAUAGUAAUGGAACAUUCCAUGAUUUGUAUUAGGGUAAGGAGGGCUGACACCCCAAGUCCAAAUAUAAUUAAAUUCUCCUAUUUUUUUUUUUUUAUAUUUUAGGAUCAUAUAAAUAGUGUGUGUGUGUGUGUGUGUGUGUGUUAAGAAUGGAAGUCCCCUCCCCUACAAGGAAAGAAAGGAAAAAGUUAUGUGUAUCUCAUAUUACAGGAAAGGGUUAAAGGCAAGUGUACUUGGAAGGAUAUAGUGUUAUAUUUAAAUAGUGCAGUCGACAGUGGGCUAAUGAGCAAUUAGCAACCGGUGGCUGGUUUUAAUAGGGCUGAGGGGAUAACCCUACUGCAUUUUGGGUAGUGCAGCCCACAACAGAUAAUGGCUUCAUUUUAACCCCCUCCAUUCACACUCUCCUGAGGUUCCAUCCUUCUGCUUUGACAGUAAAGAUGCAUAGAAUAAAGGAUUCUUCCUCUGUAUGGGUCGCGCAGGAAAGAGUAUUAUAUGUAUAUGUCAUUUUAGUUCCAUUUUGGUUUAUUUAAAUGUCAUUCAUAUAUAUAUAUAUAUAUAUAUAUAUAUAUAUAUAUAUAUAUAUAUAUAUAAUACAUAUAUAUAUAUAUGAAGCUUUGUUUUUAUAAUAGGGGGUUGCGUGAACAUAUUGUUUUUUCUGACGGGGUUGUGUUUUUAGGGGGGUGGGCGGCAGGGGGAAUGAUCUUUCUAUGCAAAGUUAAAUAUCAGUGUAUACCAAAGACCAUUUGCCAGAAAAGAUGUAACUUGAAAAAGAAAAAA